UGCCGGUAAAAUGGCUUCGAUAAACUUGAGGGCACCGCGAACUUCUAACGCCACCGAUUUCCUAAUUUUGCGCUUGCUUUGGAGUGUGGUAAAAGCCCCAAAGUUGCGCGAGGAGAUCCUGCGUUGGGUAUGGAUUGCCUUCGCGGUGGUACUGACUACGAAAAUACCAUCUCGAGAGUCAGAGAGCCAGAAUCUGGGAGGAAACAAAACCAUUCCUCACUCUAUCGUCGAUGCGUUCAAAAGUGACGCACAGUUGUGGGAGAUGUAUCUCUUCUGGGGACAAUUGGCGUCGUCUGUGAUUUGGUUUUUCGUGGUUUGGUGUAAGAACCAACAUUUGACCGUGCUUUUCGUAGCUCUGUUCAAACCACAUUGGCUCAUGACUUGCGUCUGCUACGGGAUCGCUUUAAUCAACCAUGUUUAUUCGAGACCUGCAUUCUGGUUUCUAUCUGGCUUUAUACUAUUAUCAUCUUUUAUCUUGGAUCUUAUUACCAACCUUCCCCAGAUAGUAAUGACAAGUGCAGUAACAGUUACAGGAGUGGUAGUUGUUUGGGCCGGUUACAAUAACAAAGUGGGCCUGGACGGAAUCGUCCUCUUAUUAGGAUUAUGCUUUACUUGGGACUCCUUCAAGAUAGUUAAAACGUAUGGUCGUAUAAUUGCCGCAAGACGAGAACGCAUCCGCUGAACUGAGAGGUACAACAGUUCUGUCACCAGGAGGAAGUUGGUUUAGUUAAGGCAAACACGUUUUUUAUGUUUCUAGAAUUAUGUUACUCUA